ACUGCGCCAACUCAAGACGCACACUGCGCGAACCACCUCAACACGCGAACCCUAGCCGCCGAAGAGAACCCCCUCGCGCUCCCUGCCGCGCGAAGAGGAAGCCGAUUUCCUCUCCGAAACUUGCCGCGGUCCAGCUCCUCUCCGCGAGCCGUCUCCACCUCCUCUCCGCGAGCCACCUCCUCUCUGCCAGCCACCUUUCUCUCCGCGAGACGUCUCCUCUCCGCGAACCCUAGCAGAGUGCGGCGCCGCUCAACCGUCUCUAGCCGAAAGUUCUCCCUCUUCGAAACCUGCCGCAAGCCGUCUCCUCUCCGUGAGCCAUCUACUUCCUCUCCGCCACCUUCCUCUUCGCGAGCCACCUCCUUACUCGCCCCCUAAAUUAUCUCUCCCUCUCCGCGAACCCUAAAUUAUCUCGCUCCCCUUCCUCGCCCCGGCUUCACAAUCUCGCCCCGAUCUCCAGCCGAAAAACUCUCCUCCGUCUAACUCUCCUCUACCGUCUAACUGUCCUCCGCCAUCAAAGAAUUUUCGAAUCACCAAGGGCCAACCAUGGAACACGACGAGGAGCAAGAGCAUGGUCAUGUAAAGAAGGAAGAUUCGGCAUGGAAAAACAGUGGAGGAUCUAAAUAUAAAAUCAAGAAAAAAAGGUCUCGGGAAGAUGCUGAACGUGAGGGAAAACAUGGUAUCUGCUACCUUAGUCGAGUUCCGCCACGCAUGGAUCCUUCUCACAUUCGCCAAAUCCUUUCUCAAUAUGGAGAGAUACAACGGAUAUAUCUGGUUCCAGAGGAUGAUGCAGUUAAAGCUCAGCGGAAGCAAUCUGGUGGUUUUCGAGGGAAAGGAUUUUCUGAAGGGUGGGUAGAAUUCACAAAGAAAAGUGUUGCUAAGGAGGUUGCGAGCAUGCUAAAUGGUGAACAAAUAGGAGGAAAGCGUAGAUCAGCUUUCUUUUAUGACAUUUGGAACAUCAAGUAUUUGAGCAAGUUCAAAUGGGAUGAUCUGGUUGGUGAAGUAGCUAUCAAGAAACAUGAACGUGAGGAAAAGUUUCAACUGGCAAUAUCUGCUGCAAAGAGGGAGCGAGACUUCUAUUUGUCUAAGUUGGAACAAUCUAAAGCUUUGAGAUCUAUCAAGGAAAAAAAAGAUAAGAAGCAAAAGGUUGAAGGGCAAGAUAAAGAUGGUGCAUUCAAAAACAAAGUGUUUCGCCAAUUUCCACAGAACAGACCAGUUGCAGAUGAUUUUCAAAAUAAACCUGCACUCUCAAAGGAUCUUCUAGCUGGGGUCUUUGGCCGCUCAUCCCCAUGAAUUCAUUAUUGGGUGAUCCACAAAAGACAUCCCAUUUGAAUUAAAGAAGACAAAAAUGCUUGUAGCAACCAUCUGAUUGGCAACUAGAUGAGAUCGAUAUCAAAGUGGAGAGUUGAUGCAUCACAAUGACAGUUGAAAUUCGUGAAAUCAUUUCUUGUAGCUCAGAAGUAUUGAGUGUUCACAGAUCAGAAAAAAAGAAACAAAAAAUGGUUCAAGCAUGCCCCGUAAGUGCAGUAUCAAGUUUUUUUUUUUUUUAUUUUCCUACAGAAUUUAGUGAUUACUUUUAUUGUUGGGGUUCCUCACUCGUGCUAUUUUGUUGUUAAUUAUUCUGUGUUAAAUUGUUUAUCUUUCGAGCAGAGCCAUCA